AUAAAAUCAAGACUCUCCUUACCACAAACGGCGGUGAGACAUCAAACAACACCCCGAAACCCAAAGGACAAGGUCUCAAGAAGAAAGGAAGGAGAACUAGAUCUUCAAUGGAGAGAGAUCUGCAUCUGAGGCGAUGAAAGAUCGAAAUGAACCUGCCUCUGCCAUGGUUGGAACGGCCAGAACUGAAGCUGCAGACGAAGGAGACAAACAAGCAGCAAAACUGGAAGAGCAAAGGAUUUAGACUUCACAGAUCUAGAUCUGUGAAUUUAGAACAGAGACCGUUGGAAGAAAAUAGGAUUCAGAUCACAUUAAACCCACAAGAAAACGAAACUAAAGAGAUUACAACAAAGAAAUUCCGGUUUUGGUGCUGAAAAAGCCACCGGAACUGGAAAC